AUGGAUGCUCAGAAUAAGAAUAUACUUGACUCGAAAUUUAUUUGCGCUCGUUGUUCAUUCAUAUUGUCUGAACCAGUUCAACUUAAGAGGUGUGGACAUAGAAUUUGUCAAUCUUGCUUAGACACUCUUAAUCAAAAUACAGUCAAAUGCCCUCAAUGUCAAAUAGAGACACCGCAAAAUCAAAUAAUGUCAGAUCGAGAUUUUAAAAAUAAUAUGCAAUGUUUACCUAUCAUAUGUUCACUCUGCAAUUGGAAUGGUAUCCUAAUAGACUAUCAAGAGCAUCUUGUCCAAUCUCAUCCCAAUACAAAAUGUAAUUAUUGUGACGAAGAAUGCAAUUCAAUCAAUCAUCUCAAUCAACAUAAAGCAUUUCAUUGUUCCAAUAUUGCUAUUGAAUGUCAAUUAAAAAACUUUGGUUGUCAUCAAGAGAUCCCUCGUUUUGAAUUAAAAGCUCAUUAUCAAAGCAAACAACAUCAAGAUUCAAUGCUAGAAGUAAUCAAACAGUUGAAAUUACAAUUAAGUGAGGCUCAAGCGGCAUCAACUUCAAUGGAUAGUGAUGUUUCUCGAACAACUACAACGACAGACGACGACAAUUUUGUUGCAAAUCAAUUAGAACAACUUCAGGAAACUAUUAAUAUGCUAGCUAAUGGUACUGCAAUAUUGAAUGAAGAAACACAACAACUUGGUACAGAAUUUCUUGAACAUCAGAACAAACGUCAAGGUUUAGUAGAAAAUACUUCAAAUGUGAAAUUAGCUGUUGAAGAGGAGCAGCUCUUGAACGAAGCAAUAACACAGAAUCUGGAAAUUCUAAAUCAAAACUUAUUGUCAUUGAGAGAAAAAAUUGAUGAUAAACAAUGUACUUCGUACGAUGGUUCAUUUACAUGGAAAAUUAAAGACUUUCGAGAGAAGAUGGCUGAUGCUCAAUCGGAAAAGCAAGCAUCAAUUUAUUCACCUCCAUUUUAUUCAUCCCCAACUGGUUACAAGAUGCGAGCUCGCCUUUAUCUUAAUGGAGACGGAAAUGCUCGACGUACACAUAUGUCUUUAUUUUUUGUUCUAAUGCGUGGUCAACAUGAUCAAAUAUUAAAAUUCCCGUUCAAUUAUAAAGUUACAUUUUGUAUGUAUGAUCAAACUCCUCAACGACGACAUAUCAUCGAUUCAUUUCGACCAGAUAUUCGUUCAAGUAGUUUUCACAGGCCACGAUCAGAUAUGAAUAUAGCUAGUGGCAUACCGAAAUUCUAUCCUUUAGUGAAAAUCCUAGAAGAAGGUAAUCCAUAUGUUCAAGAUGAUACAAUAUUUAUUAAAGUCAUGGUUGAUUUUGGUGACUUGCCAAAGACAAUACUACCAUACGCAUUGAGUCUAAAUCCUGGAUUGCCAACAGAUGUUCAACAACAUUUUAUCAGGCAAGCACUAGAAAAAAAGGCUGAAAUCCAAACUUCAAAAGAACAUUCAACAACAGAUACCUAA